AUGCUCCUUCCCUCUCCUAUUCGAUCAGGCCCAAAUAGGUUUGAUCCUUUUCUCUUGAUUUUCCGCUUUCUUUCCUCAAAAUGGUUUCAUCCUACCCGUAUCCUAUGGCUCGAAGUCCCUUUUGUCAUGUUUAUUAUUUCCAAUGUCCCUUAUACAGAAAUCGAUUGGAUUGCUUACAUGGAGCAAAUCGGUAGCUUCCUUUCUGGCGAGAGAGACUACCGGUCCUUAGUUGGCUCUACCGGUCCUCUCGUUUAUCCAGGUGGUCACGUUUUACUAUACACGUUGCUAUACUUUCUGACAGAUCACGGGACGAAUAUCGUCAAAGCCCAGUACAUCUUUGCUUUUGUAUACCUGUGUUCUAGUUUUAUCGUUGGCUGGAUCUUCAAAACCGUCCAUGUCCCUUUAUAUCUUUAUGGGCUACUGAUCUUGUCCAAACGGCUCCACAGUAUUUUCAUCUUGAGACUCUUCAACGACAGUUUUAACAGCCUUUUUGCUUCUUUGUUUAUAUUGUUUGCUUGUAAAAGGAAAUGGACAACUUCCACCAUUUUCUUGAGUAUUGCUUGUUCCAUUAAAAUGUCAUCUCUCCUUUUCCUUCCCGCUUAUCUUGUUGUCCUUUUACAGUCUGUUGGACCAAAAAAGACUUGGCUGAAUAUUUUUUCAUUUGCCUUUGUGCAACUGCUUUUUUCGAUUCCCUUUUCUAGCUUUAUCUGGAGCUAUUGGACUCAAGCUUUCGACUUUGGUAGGGUUUUUGAUUACAAGUGGACAGUCAACUGGCGCUUUCUUCCAAAGUUUAUUUUCUACUCUCCGCUUUUUUCUCUCGUUGUCAUCUUUUUACACGUUUUUCUUUUGGUUGUGUUUGCUGUCAAGAGAUGGAACUAUCCAUCAAAAGCCUCUCCUUUACAAAUGGUCUGGUCCAUGUUGACCCUUCAACCGCUUUCAUCGGUCGCUCCCAUCUCCGUUGAUUUUAUUUUAACCAGCCUUACUACAAGCAACCUUAUUGGUAUCCUUUGCGCUCGCUCACUCCAUUACCAAUUCUAUGCAUGGUUUGCUUGGUAUGUUCCCUACAUGCUUUAUCAAGCCAACUUUUCCAUGCUCCAGACCAUACUACUAUGGGGACUUCAGGAGUAUGCUUGGAAUGUCUUCCCAAGCACGACUAUCUCUUCUAUGAUUACUGUUUUUAUUCCUGCUAUUAUUAUUCAGAGAUUACUAACUACGAACCCUAGAAGACCGUGA